GUACAGAGUCAGUGUUUAUACAGCAGGGUAACGUGUCUGUUUCUUGGUUCACAGGACGCGGAGAUUAUUCGAACACGAGACCCCCAGCUGCUGGAGACGUGCGAUGUGGUUGUGGAUGUGGGGGGUGUGUAUGACCCUGAGCGACACCGCUAUGACCACCACCAGAGGUCAUUUGCGGAGACCCUGGCGAGUGUAAAACAGGGGUCCCGCUUUGUGACGAAGCUGAGCAGCGCGGGCCUGGUCUACGCUCACUUUGGGAGGAGGGUCCUGGCUCAGCUGCUGCAGACUGACUGGACGGACCCCCGGCUAGACGUCCUGUACGACAAGCUCUACGAAAAUUUUGUGGAGGAGGUAGACGCGAUCGAUAACGGGAUCUCACAGUGCGACGGGGAAACCCGCUACAAUGUGACCACCAACCUCAGCUCCCGGGUCAGCUACCUUAACCCAGUCUGGAACACAGAGGACCCAGACACAGAGGUCGGGGUUGGGGGGAGGGGAGGGGAGGGGGGAGCUGGACGUCUGUGUGUGUGUGUGCGCGUGCCCGCGAGGGACGGAGUGUGGGAGUGA